CCACUGCCUGUAAACCAUUCCAGUUUCACACUGCGUGUGAGUCUUAACACAGCAAAGGGUCUCGUGAAUCUCCACGUCUGUCCUGUGAGCACCCAGCGAACUCAGGAGACUCCUGCCGUCCGCUCCACGCUGCAGCCGGUGUGAGCGCCCGGUUCCCCGCUGGAGACUUGUCUGUAGGAUUGAUGAUGAGCCAUACCUGUCUCCUGCUGGUCUCCGGCCUCUUUGCUGAAGGGGCAUGAAUUAUUGUGCUAGGACAAAUCCUGAUCUCCCAGAGGCCCCCCCCUCCACUGCCCAAGACCUCUGUCCCAUUCCCUUUUUUUUUUUUUUUAAGAUUUUAUUUAUUUGACAGCGAGAGCAGGAACACAAGCAGGGGGAGUGGGAGAGGGAGAAGCAGGCCUCCUGCCAAGCAGGGAGCCUGAUGCGGUGCUCGAUCCCAGGACCCUGGGAUCAUGACCUGAGCUGAAGGCAGACGCUUAACGACUGAGCCAUCCAGGCGCCCCGUCCGGUUCCCUUAAUGACUUUUACCGAGGGGCCAGCCAAACAUCCGCUUAGCCCAGCACCUGGGGGCAGGAUUCUGCUGUGAUCUGAAGUCUCAGAGGCAGCCAGCUGUCUCCAAAAAGCCGAAGGAGCCCUUUGCAGUCACUUUCAGGAAGGUAAGUCAUUCUUAAAAGAAGCCUAAAGUAAGCAUUGCAGUAACCUCCAAUUACCCUGUUUUCUUUGAACUUGGAGGGAAGCUUGGCUGCUCUCUACUUUGAACAGAGAGGUUUCGGUUUGAGAUCCGUCUGCACCAUGAAGUUCUCUUCAGGUUACCUGACUGCCAAGUCUGAGCUCUUUAGUGUGUGGGCUCACACAGCAGUGGAAUAGGACUUCAUCUGACUCACGGUCCUGACGCCCCCCAUCUAUCAGCUCAUCUAGGCCCCUCUCCGCUGCUGCAGGCUAUGCUGGUGAGGGUGGGAGGUGGGCAGAGGAGUUUCUCCAUUUCCCAGGUGAAUCCCGGGCGGUGGGAGCUGGUAUGCUCCCUCAUAAGUGGUGUCGGCUUUGACCCAGACGUUAACAUACCUCAGAAGUUGAGAAUUUUAAAACAUUUUUUUAAAUGAACUUGAAUUCCCUAGGUCAUUUCCCAAAAUAGUGUGAUAAAUCAAGCUCAGUGCCUUAUUCUUAAAGCAUAUGCCACAUAUACAGUAGUCUUGUCCUAUAAAUCUUGCAAAGCCCCUCUGCCUCUUUCCCGUCGUGGCCCACGGGAGAUUGUGUAUGGACACUGGGGUAAGUGGAGGAAGCUGCUCAGCCGGGAGGGGCCAGCCUGGCCAAGGAGUGGCUUGGUUGGGAAGUUGCAGAUCUCUUAAGUGGACCAAGGUAUGCAGAGCUGCCUGUGUCUUCGCGUGGCACGGCACAGCCCUGCUCUUAGAGAACUGGACACUGAAAUGUGCACUUGAAACUCCUCACCCGUGUGGGCGCCGGGAAAGAGCAGCCGUGAUGAAACUCCCCUCACGAGACUGCAGACUGCGGAAACCACGGACGUUUCUGGGUUCCUGCGAGGCCUUGGAGCGUAAUCAGGAGCCUGUGGGUCUCAAAUUCUGUGACCUGUGAAGUGUAUCCCACGUCAAGGUGGGGGUGUCGCCAGAGCCUAGCGAGAAGCUGUUCUAGUGUCCUGACCCCCUAGUGGGCGCCCCUGCCUCCAAUCUGCCUGCCCCUCCGGGCCUGCAGGGGCAGGCGGACACCAGACGGCCUCGGGCUGGCCACGCGGAUGCCUUUGCUCCACUGCAUCUUUUCUCUUGUGCCCUACGAUAGUGCCCACUCACCAGAAAUCCCACGUUUUCAAGCCAAUGAUAAACUUCGGAAAUCUUGAAUAAAGUGAAAUGUACCCGUUUGUAUAGGUUCUGGAAGAAAAUCAAGGAAAAGUGAUACCAUCCAAUAAGAUUCGUCUCCGGUCAAGGAGAUUAUUCUUAACCGGCUUCACCUCCGUAAAAUUUGAUUUUUGUACCUUGGGGAGCUCUGGCUUUCAAAGCACAGCCCUCCUGGUUUCCGUCUGUGCUUCCCAGCCGCCCUGCCUUCAUUCCAGAUACUUCUUCCAUCCUCUGUGGGCUCUGGCCAUGCUGGGUGCUCUCCUUGGUGACUUUUCCCCGGGGCUGCACAGCCCUGUCUAACCCUGGCUGACCUGCACCGUGAGCACAUGCACGUCCAGUGGCUCCAGAACCCAUAGGAAACUGCUGUGCAAGGAGCCCUGGUGCAUCUACCCGCCACUCGGCGACUCUGCCCGAGUGUUUGACAGCAAACCUAAAGCAUGUCACAGACUACCAAGGACACGGUGCCAUAGUUAGCCUCGUAGGGUUGACAAGAACUCCGUGUCAUCAACUAUCCGGUCCAUAUUAAAAUGCUCCCAACUGUUUUCAACUAUGGGUUUUCUACGAUGGGCUUGUUUGGAUCAGGAUCCAGCAUAACCAACUACCUUAAAAUGUAAUGGCUUGAAACAACCAUUACCCUCCCAGGCCUGUGAGUGGGCUGGGCUGGCCCAGUUGGGAAUGGCUGGGAGAGGGGGGCCCCACUCAGGUCUGGCAGGCAGCUCGGAGAAGAGAAUGGCGCCACCGGCAGCAUGGGGACAGGAAAGGACUCGAUUGCAGCCAUUGUGGCAGUUGUCUUCAGUAAAGGCUCCACUCCGUUCUCCUUUUGGGUCUUUUAUAUUCUACAGCAAUAGCUGUUGCUGAUUUCUUUUUCUGCCCCGCACUGGAUCUGGUUGACUUUCCCCAUAGGAGCAGUACGUGUGUCCCACGUGAGAACAGUGGUCCUGCGCAUGGCCAUGUGCCAGGCUUCCAUGGCUCUGGACCCCCUCGUGGUGCUCGGCACCGUGGGCACUCAGGUUUUUAUCUAGUAGGACUGAAUCAGCAAAAAGCAAACCAGGCAGCCCCAAAAGGGUUGGUCAUAACCAGCCAAGGGGACGAGUGAGGAGGAGGAAGGGAGAGUAGUUAAAAACCUAAGAACAAACCACAGAGGAAGCGGAAGUGUUGUGUAGAAACUGUUCUGUGCGUGUAUGUAUAGGUUUUGGGUCACAGUGUAAAAAGUGUAUUUCUUUUUUACUGGUUUUAAAUUUAUUGAAAUUCACAUAAAACUAACCAUCUUAAAGUAUAUUCAGUGUUCAACCACCACCCCUGUCUAGUUCCAGCAAAAGACAGUUUUGAAACUGGAUCAGUGUCCAUUUUUUUCAAACUUUUGUUUCUUGUUUUUUUUUUUUUUUUUUUAAGUAUUUAUUUGACAGAGAGACACAGCGAAAGAGUAAACACAAGCAGGGCGAGUGGGACAGGGAGAAGCAGGCUUCCCGCCGAGCAGGGAGCCCGACGCGGGGCUCGAUCCCAGGACCCCGGGACCAUGACCUGAGCUGAAGGCAGACGCUUAAUGACUGAGUCACCCAGGCGCCCCUCAAACUUUUUUGAUGUAUAGCAAGCAGCUGAUCUAUCUGAAGAAAAGCAUGGACCCUUGUCUUAGCUCAGGCUGCUAUCACAAAAAACCACAGAUGGGGCAGCUCCGACAACAGAUACUUCUUUCUCCCGCUUCUGGAAACUGGAAGUCAGGUCAAGGCGCCAACAAGGGACUCCUCUGCACAUUUGAGUCAUCUCCCCAACCCUGUGAGACGGCAGAUCACGGGCUUGCCUUCUACAGAGGCAGAAGAGGAAAUAGCAGUGAGCCCAGCUACUUGCCCACGGUCUCAGGGGACUCAUCAGGGGCCAAAGAACCUCGGACUCCAGCCUCGGGCUGUUUGUCCAACAUGGAAACCUGGAGCACCAAGAGCCAUUCUCAGCACGAUGCCUCAAGAUGGACAUUCGAAAUCUGCCCAGCUAUUACCAGCUCUCACACUGUUGCUGACUCCUCCAGUGACUCCUCCAUGUGCUCCCGCUGACACCUGACGCACACCCCGAGGUGGGAGAAGCCAGCUGCCAGGGACACGUACCAUGGCCGCCAACGCCAAGAGCAGCAAGUCUGCACCCAACCAUGUGAUCUUCAAGAAGACCUCCCGGGACAAGUCGGUGAGCAUCUAUCUGGGGAAGAGAGACUAUAUAGACCAUAUUGAACAAGUAGAGCCUGUUGAUGGUGUCGUGUUGGUAGAUCCCGAGCUUGUGAAGGAAAAGAAAGUGUAUGUAUCUCUGACUUGCGCCUUCCGCUACGGCCAGGAGGACAUCGAUGUGAUCGGCCUGAGCUUCCGCAGGGACCUGUACUUCUCUCAGGCCCAGGUGUUCCCGCCCGUGGAGGCCACCAGUGCCCCCACGAAACUGCAGGAGAGCCUGAUGAAGAAGCUGGGGGACAACACGUACCCCUUCCGGCUCACGUUUCCUGAUUACUUACCCUGUUCGGUGAUGCUGCAGCCAGCUCCGCAAGACGCAGGGAAGUGCUGCGGGGUCGACUUUGAGGUCAAAGCAUUUGCCAGAGACAGCGCAGAGGAAAAGGCGGACAAAGUGCCCAGGAAGAGCUCCGUGCGUUUACUGAUCCGGAAAGUACAACACGCGCCAGCGAAGAUGGGUCCCCAGCCCCGAGCUGACACCACCUGGCAGUUCUUCAUGUCCGACAAGCCCUUGCACCUGGCUGUCUCCCUCAGCAAAGAGAUCUAUUUCCAUGGGGAGCCCAUUUUGGUGACCAUUACCGUGACCAAUAACACAGAGAAGACAGUGAAGAAGAUUAAAGCAUUAGUAGAACAAGUGGCCAACGUGGUUCUCUACUCGAGUGACUAUUACACCAAGCCGGUGGCCCAGGAGGAAACACAAGAAAAAGUGCCACCAAACAGCACUCUGACCACAACGCUCACGCUGGUGCCCUUGUUGGCCAACAACCGUGAAAGACGGGGCAUCGCCCUGGAUGGGAAGAUCAAGUACGAGGACACGAACCUUGCCUCCAGCACCAUAAUAAAGGAGGGCAUAGACCGGACUGUCUUGGGCAUCCUGGUGUCUUACCAAAUCAAAGUGAAGCUCACGGUGUCAGGCUUUCUGGGAGAGCUCACCUCCAGUGAAGUGGCCACUGAGGUGCCUUUCCGCCUCAUGCACCCCCAGCCCAAGGACCCAGUUUUCAGAAUGAAAAUUUGGUUUUCGAGGAGUUUGCUCGCCAAAAUCUGAAAGACUCAGGAGACCCCGAGGAAGGGAAGAAAGACCAGGAGGCCAGGGAUGAGUGAGAAGACCGCUGGGAAACGGGGUAGUUCAUAGCGCAAUGAGCCACGCUCCAGAGUUAGCCCUUUAGUUAUGCUAAAUGCCGAAGUGUGAGUCUUCUUCACAGAAAUAAAGUUUGUUCUGCUGCGAUCUGAUUUGAGCUGAUUGGGGCUGGCUUGUUGAGGGGGCUGA